AUGUCAUAUCUGGAUUUUGUUGCUGGUUGUUUCGGAGGUGCGGCAGGUGUAUUAGCUGGUCAUCCACUAGAUACGGUUAAAGUCCGUUUGCAAACACAAACGCCUGGUCAGUACCGCGGAACACUACAUUGCUUUACGUCGAUUAUUCGAAAUGAAGGAGCAUCGGGUUUACUCAAAGGUCAAUUUGUUGAAUAUGUUUUCAUCCUCGAAGAUAUUGCUUGA